AUGUCUGAAGAUGUGGUCGACUUAAACAUUGGUGGAUGCUUCUACUCAGCUCAGCUAUCGACACUUAAUUCAAUAAGUGGUUCUAGGCUCGCCGACUGGUUCAGCAAAUCACCCACGGAAAAAUUACCUCAAGAUAAAAACGGACGCAUUUUCAUCGACAGAAAUGGCGAAAUCUUCUCAUUCAUUCUAGACUAUCUGCGUAAUUCAAAAUCUGUUGUUCUCCCACAUACUUCAGUAGAUUUGGAACGCCUGAGAAUAGAAGCCGAGUUUUAUAAGCUUCCAAACUUAGUUUCGGAUAUUCAAGAGGCCAAGAAGUCGUUAUCAAGUACAAUCACACUUAGUUACAGAGGACAUGUUCCGAAUGGACGAGAGAAUCUUGUUGACGUCCGCUUUCGUAAGAUCACUCGUAUACUUGUAUCGGGAAAAAGCUCAGUUUGUCGUGAAGUCUUCGGAGAGACUCUAAAUGAAAGUAGAGCUCCAGAUUGCGGACCUGAAGAUAAUCGAUACUCCAGUCGAUACUAUUUAACUCACAACACCCUAGAAAUGGCUUUCGAUAAACUUCUUGAAUCUGGAUUCUCUUUAGCUGGCUGCUGUGGUGAGACAGCGGUCGUGUCAGGAACUCCAAGAACUAAGACUUUAGGCGAUUACGAUGACAGUAAAAGUCAAUUCUUCCAUGAAUUUUACUUCGUUCGCUGCAAGUAA